CCACACUACAUCCUCCUCUUUCUUCUUCCCCGCCCGCGCCGCGCGGUCGCGCCGCCGAACCUGCCUCCUUCGACCGUAGUACGACAGCCACUCCGAGGAAGGAGCUCUCCCGUCAUAGCCCCGUCGUAUUUUUUCCUCCACUGCUGGUAUUGGAUUGGCGUGGAGUGAAAUCCAUCUGGACCUGGAAGUUUUCUUUCGUUGGUAACUGAAUGAAGGUCAAGAUUCUUCAGUGGCAUGCGGUAGCUUCUUGGACAUGGGAUGCACAAGAUGAAACUUGUGGCAUAUGCAGGAUGGCAUUCGACGGCUGCUGCCCUGACUGUAACUUCCCUGGUGAUGAUUGCCCACUCAUUUGGGGUGCCUGUAACCAUGCUUAUCAUCUUCACUGUAUACUGAAGUGGGUCAAUUCUCAAACAUCCACGCCCCUUUGCCCCAUGUGCCGUAGAGAAUGGCAGUUUAAGGGCUAAGGCACAAUGGCAAGUCCGGAAAUGUAUCAACAUCAAGUGGCUUUCAUUUCUCCUUGGAGAAAAGUAGAAUGUGUUGUUUUACUGGAACUUUAGUGAUUCUGUCUCUGAAGUACUCUGUUGUUUGCUGCAAACUACAAAUCCUGAUUGUCAGCACCUUCUUAAGUGAACCUGUGUGUGAUUCUGAGUUUGUGACUGAGCAAAUGAAAUGAUAAUUUUUCUAAA